AUGACACUCCAGUUUAGCAGUGAAAAUGCUUUUCCAUCCGCAGUGGUUAUGAACAAUUUCAAGCGGAGGGAUUUAUCAAACAAUAGCUUAAACGGUGAAAUUCCUGAUUUUCUGUCACAACUACAACACUUGAAGAUCUUAAACUUAGAGAAGAAUAACCUCUCCGGUUUAAUUCCCUCAGCACUUCAUAGGGAUUCCCUCACACUAAGUGUGGACCAAAAUCCAUAUCUAUGUGAACCUGAUCAAUGCAACAAGAAGAAAAACAAGAAAAACAAUAGCAUUGUUACACCCUUGGUAGCAUCUGUUGGCGGGGUUUUGAUUCUUCUGGUAGCAGUGGCAGCUAUAUUUUGGACCGCUAAAAGGAGAAAAGUGAAAGCUCUGACGGUAGAAAAGGAUCAGAGUGAGAAAUCACCGCAAUACACUGACCAAGAUGAUUCAUCACUGCAAUCCCAAAAACAGAUAUAUGCAUACUCUGACAUCGUUAAAAUCACCAACAAUUUCAAUACAGUUGUUGGUAAAGGAGGGUUUGGAACAGUUUAUCUGGGCUAUAUCGAAGAUACUCCAGUUGCAGUGAAAAUGCUUUCCCCAUCUUCUGUUCGUGGUUACCAACAAUUUCAAACAGAGGUUAAACUUCUUAUGAGAGUUCAUCACAAAAAUUUGACCUCCCUUGUUGGUUACUGUAAUGAAGGAACCAAUAAGGGUUUCAUAUACGAGUACAUGGCUAACGGAAACUUACAAGAACAUCUCUCUGGUAAACGAAGCAAAAGAAAUUUCUUCAGCUGGGAAAAGAGACUUCGUAUAGCAGUGGAUGCAGCCUCUGGAUUGGAGUAUCUGCAAAAUGGUUGUAAGCCACCAAUAUUCCACAGAGACAUAAAAUCUACAAACAUCUUGUUGAAUGAAAACCUCCAAGCAAAAUUAUCUGAUUUUGGUCUAUCCAAAAUUAUCCUAACAGAUGGGGAAACUCAUGUGUCAACUGUUAUUGCUGGUACUCCUGGUUAUCUAGACCCUGAAUACUACCUAACCAAUAGAUUAACAGAGAAGAGCGACGUUUACAGCUUUGGUGUUGUGCUUUUAGAGAUAAUCACAAGUCAACCAGUGAUGGCGAAGAAUCAAGAAAAAACCCACAUAAGUGAAUGGGUUAGGUCCUUGAUUGCAAAAGGUGAUAUCGAUGCCGUUGUUGACUCAAGGUUGGAAGGAGAUUUUGACAGUAACUCAGUUUGGAAAACUGUAGAAAUAGCAACGGCAUGUGUAUCUCCAAAUCCCAACAGAAGGCCAAUCAUAAGUGUGGUGGUGACUGAUCUGAAAGAGUCUUUAACAAUGGAAUUAGCUCGAACUGAAGAUAGAAGCACUAAUACAAGUUAUUCAGUUAAACAGGUCAUCAGGAAUCUGAAUACAGAAUCUCUUCCCCAGGCCAGAUAAACGGUUGCCCAAUGUAAGAUGAUUAUAGUCAUACUGUAACGUAACACAUGAGAUUGUUUGAAGAUGAAAAUUGCUAGGAUUUGCUGGUGAAUGAAAUGGAGUUGCAAAUAGAAGAAAAAAAUAAAUAAUCAGGAAUGAAAUUUCUGCUGCUAUAUUGGAAGGUUCCCCUUUCAGAUUUUGGUUGGUUUUAUAUAUAGAUAUAUAUAUACAAAAAUUAAUAACUAUGAUGGAAAUAAAGGAAACAAAAAGCCUUGGAGUUUCAGAUAUUCAGGUAAAGCUGGUUACCAUGUUAAGAUGAGUAUUGGAUUGGUGAGUAUUGCAAUGUAAGAAUGAGAUCAAGCAAAAAUCAUCUCAAACCUCUCUUUUUCU